UUCCAACAUUCUUUCCAGCGGAAUCGAACUUGUCUACCGAGACAUUCGGCUGCAUUCCACCCCAGAAACCAUCUCCCGGCCCUUCGGGAGCCACGAGGAGUUCGACAACAAAUUUCAGUUGAGCGCAAAGGAGGAAUAGAAUCAUGGCAGCAAACAUUGGCUUUUCGGUGCGCAUGCGACGGUUAAUACCGUUCUUGGGCUACCACCAUGUACUCAUGAUAUUGAUAGCUGUCGCUAUUAUAUUACUAUCACUACUACUUGCAGGAUGCUCAUCUUCCUCUCCUCUCAUCCCCGGCAUCUUCCUCAUUUCCAUGUGGUACGAAAAGUACACACCCACCUACUCCACUGAACAAGUCGAUCCAGGCGUUACUGCAGCAAUCGCAAACAUCGUUGGACAAGCACAACUUGGUGUUCGAGUUGGAUACUUCGGCAUCUGCAUCAACACCGACCAUGGUGACUGGAUCUGCUCAAACAACGCGACCGCAUUGAUCGAUGGUGUCUCCGUCGACCAGGACCCGCUCAACCUGGUCUGGGUCGCCAGCACCUUCAAGGACGCCGUUGUAUUCCCUUACCUCCUGAUCGUGGCCAUCAUUCUCGCCUUCGUCACCUUUAUCCUCCUCGCAACCUUCCCAGGAUGGCACGCAGAACAAGACAAAGACACCGGUUCCGAUGUUGAUGUCAAGCCGUUCCCAUCCAGGCCAGUCUCCCAGGUUGCCCUCGCCCUUAUCUUCAUCUCAAGCAUCUUCGUCCUUGUCAGCGUGUUAUGGCAGCACACGGCCUCCGUGGCUGCUGCAACUAUAGCACAAGAUCUGGGCAAUGGAAGCGUCAAGUCUGGAGUCGGUACCAGUGCAAUGGUCCUUGGUUGGUUCGGUUUUGUUCUCCUCAUAAUUGUGACCAUUGGUCUACUAGUUAUGAUUUUGAGCAUCAUUGUUCUCGACCGAUUGACCGAUGACUAGAGAGAAGAUACCCAACCACAUGAAAGAGGAGGGAACACCACUUCAAGUCAACAACUGACGAGAGGUGGUAAAGAUUGUGCAUAUCCAUUUUUUCACCGUUUGCAUAUUAUACGGGCUUAACACUACUAUUCGGCC